CCCACCCAUACCACUCACAACUUACAACUUACACCCUCGAGUUACUGCCUACUGCCUACUUUCUCGUGUUGAUGCGUCCGGUCCUUGUCGAAUGAUGUAUUGAUACCUUAACCUAUUCAAAAUACUAUAUACCCACUUGACGAGUUUAUGGUUGCUAGUUAAAGUUCCGAGUUACGAGGAUAUACCCUGGUUUCAAUUACUUUUCUUUUCUUGACGAUUUGGUGCACUGGUGGUGGUGCUGCGUUCCGAUGAUAUGAUACCCUUACUACACAGCCACCUCAAUUCCUCCUCCCAAACACGAACACGCAUACGCUACUUGCUCCUUGUUCUGGGGUUACUCCUGCAGGUACAUGUACCGCUUGUGGCGGGGGAUGAUAACUCUAAUUGCUCCUCCACUUCGACGAUAUCCUCCCAAUCCGAUGCGGACUCGCUCUCCUCGUGCGAUACCCUCUCCGGUACCCUGACUAUCUCCUCCUCUGCGACGGGCAGUAUCUCCCUCUCCAAUGUCGAGACUAUCAAUGGCGGCAUCACCAUCCAGGAUGUAUCCGGAUUGACGUCGUUCUCGGCAUCAGAUCUACAGAAAGUGAAUGGCAAGAUAUAUAUCUCUGGGAAUGAUGACUUGACGAAUUUGUCGUUUCCGGAUUUGGAAAAGGUUCCCGGGGAGAUUGAUAUCGAGGGGAACAAGGAGUUGAGGGAUAUUGUAUUCCAAGAUUUGAAGAACGUCGAUGGGAGCUUGAUUUUAAAGGGGACUUUUAACGAGUGGGUCUUCCGUUUCCUUUGCUUUAUGAUGGAUUAUUUUUUAACGUUGGGCAGGAUCAAAUUCGAGGAUCUCGAUAAGGUCAAAGGACAAACGGUGAUUAAUUCCCAUGGCGGGUCAUUUCGGUGCUCGAGUCUCAACUCUCUUCGUGAUGGCGACGAUGACGACGAUAAUAAUACCCGCCGUCGCCGCGACAACGACAACAACGGCGCCUUUCAAGGAUCUUACACCUGCACCGACGGUUCCAGCAGCGGACUCAGUGCGGGCGCCAAAGCCGGUAUCGCCAUUGCCGUGAUUGUACUGGUCCUUCUCAUCCUUGUUGGUUUGUGGAUGAUGUAUCGGAAACAGCGGAAACGGCGCAGAAGACGGAAUGAUGAUCAGAGCCAAAUGAUGUAUACGCCUGUCGGGGUCGGCCUUCGGGGCGGCGGUGGUAGUAGUAAUCGAGACGAGGAAUCGGCAGCUGGUGAUGAGAAGCCUGUUACCGGAGUCCCGAAUCCCGCCGUACUCAGGCAGAAUAGCGACCCUGUUAUUGCGGCUAGUGCCAUUCCCCGGAAACCGAUAUCGCCGCCACCGCCAUCGAACGAGAUGAACAGGGAAUCUAUGGUGUCCAUGUCGACGUCUCCGCCCCUCCCUGCUGCGUUGGUCCCAGGAGAUCGCUCGUCUGCGUCGCCGCCGAAUGAUGCGGAUGGACGAUCACUGUUCCUGCAUCCGAUUCCCCGGAGGCGACCGUCGGAGACGGAUGUGCCGUUGCUGGAUAGUGGUGACGUGCAUGAGGCGCCCGGAAGUCCAGUACAACGGCCGAUGUUUGAGCUAGAUGCAGGGCCCGUGCGAGGAACGCAUCAGCAACCUAUUAACCAUGAGUAGCACGCGCUGCAGUUUAUGAUUUGCAUAUCCAAUGUAUAUACCUGAGCGGUCAAUAGUCCAAAAAGAUUCACGAAGAUAAGAAUAUCUAACUGUACAUUAGAUCACGAAUCAUAACAAAGAAAACCAAACCAAAUGCAACCGAUAUCCCCAAUCAUGAUAGUAUACAUCAUGCAUUAACAAUCAUCCAUUAGAUUAUGACUUCUUCGCUCGCACUGCCUGCAGUGUCUCACCCGACGCCAACGGUCCACACCAUCCGUACGUGUCGCACCGGCAUUGCUCAUACCGGGGGCAACUAUACCCGUUAGCAUUUCUCCGCAUUCCUCCCCACCG